AAUGCUUACAUGGAAUAUGGCCAUAAAGAGGGAUUCAGAUAUGCUCUGAUGGAUUUUGUAAAGGCUCUUCACUUGAAUCCUAUGUGCAUUCCUGCUCGGAUUUGCCUGGGUUAUAAUUUACAGGCCCUGGGAUCCUGUCAGAAAGCCUGGAACCAGUUUACGAUAGCAUUGGAUAUUAAUCCACAGAGCUUGCUAGGAUUUGAAGGCCGUGCGAUUGUGAACUUACAGAUGGGGGACACAUUUGCUGCCCUGCAAGACAUGAAUGCUGCAAUAAAGCUUGGUGCAACGGCACAGCUACUAACCAACCGAGGUGUUAUCCACCAGUUCAUGGGGAAGUUGCCCAAUGCCAUGAGAGAUUAUCAAUCAGCAAUUGCAGCCAAUCCAAAAUACUCACUGGCUUAUUUCAAUGCAGCUAAUCUAUAUCUUCACAACCGUCAGUUCUCACAGGCAAAAGAAUACUACUCUCGAGCCAUGGAGCUAGAUCCCAGCAAUGAAUCAGCCACUCUGAACAGAGGCAUUACUAACAUGCUUUUACAAGAUGUGCAAGGAGCUCUUCAAGACUUCCACGUGGUCAUUGAUCUGUGCCCAGUAUCCUCCGCUGCAUACUUCAAUCGUGCUAGCCUAUAUAAAACUUUACAGCAGUAUGAAGAAGCUGAGAGUGACAUAUCUCAGGCUAUGUUUCUUCAACCGGGAGAUCCCCUGAUGUUUAAACUGCGAGCAGAUAUCAGAGGAAAAAUGGGAAUGACUAAAGAAGCCAUUGAAGAUUAUGAGCAAGCAAUAUACUUCCUGCAGCAAAGUGAAAAGGCUCAUUAG